AUGUCACCCCUGUUCAUAGCCGCGGCGUCCUCUCUGUCCGCGUUUCUAAGGUUUAUCGACCUACUUCGUCGCAUUCGCUUCUUCUCCCCGUCGUCCACACUCGGUCCCCUUCCGUCCCACACACGCACUCCCCUCCAUCGCUCACGCUUCCUCGUGAGAACGAGCACGCUCCCUCCCCUCCCGUCUCCUUCGCGCAACCCCCAUUGUCGCGCACGCUCGCUCUGUUCCGUCGCGGAGAGUGAGGUAUUCCUUCCCGUCGCCCACGCGGGAGCGCCGAGACCGAUCACGCACGCUCCCUUCCGUCACCCACGCGCACUUCGUUCCCGCCGCAGACGCGCACUCCCUUCCGUCGCCCACGCGCACUCCGUCAGUUAUCUCGGCCCACGCGCACUCCCUUCCGUUGCCCACGCCCAAGACCUUCCCGUCGCCCACGCUCACUCCCUUCCCAUCGCCUACGCGCAAUCGUUCCGUCGCCCACUCUCAAUCACUUCCGUCGUCUGCGCUCACUCCCUUCCCGUCGCCCACGCUCACUCCCUUUCCAUCGCCUUCGCGCAAUCCUUACAUCGCACACGCUCACCCUCGCUCGUCACACACGGCCAAUUCCCUCUCGUCGCACGCUGCCGCCCGCGCCGCGCUCUCCCUUUCAAUCUCCUUCCGCCGUCCCCGCGCACUCCCUCCCGGCGCUGCACGACGACUCCCCUUCCGCCGCCCACGCUCACUCCCUCCCGCCGCAACGGUCCCCUCCGUCGCACAUCCUCACUCCCCUCCGUCGCCCACGCCCACUCCCUCUCGUCGCCCACGCUCACUCCUCCCCGUCGUGCACGCUCUCUCCCCAUCCGUCGCCCACGCUCACUGCCUGCUAGAGUUAGUGUCAGCGCAUGCAGCGUACGACAAGGCAGCAGUUUAUUUCCAUGUGCAGCGCCAUCCCUCACCUCCCCAUCCCUCACCUCCCCAUCCCUCACCUCCCCAUUCCUCACCUCCCCAUCCCUCACCUCCCCAUCCCUCACCUCCCCAUCCCUCACCUCCCCAUCCCUCACCUCCCCAUCCCUCACCUCCCCAGACCUCACCUCCCCAUCCCUCACCUCCCCAUUCCUCACCUCCCCAUCCCUCACCUCCCCAUCCCUCACCUCCCCAUCCCUCACCUCCCCAUCCCUCACCUCCCCAUCCUCUCCUCUCGCCAUCCUAUCAUCUCCCCAUCCUCUCCUCUCCCCAUCCUCUCCUCUCCCCAUCCUCUCCUCUCCCCAUCCUCUCCUCUCCCCAUCAGAUCAUCUCCCCAUCCUCUCCUCUCCCCAUCCUCUCCUCUCCUCAUCCGAUCCUCUCCCCAUCCUCUCCUCUCCCCAUCCGAUCCUCUCCCCAUCCUCUCCUCUCCCCAUCCUCUCCUCUCCCCAUCCUCUCCUCUCCCCAUCAGAUCCUCUCCCCAUCCUCUCCUCUCCCCAUCAGAUCCUCUCCCCAUCCUCUCCUCUCCCCAUCCUCUCCUCUCCCCAUCCGAUCCUCUCCCCAUCCUCUCCUCUCCCCAUCCGAUCCUCUCCCCAUCCUCUCAUCUCCCCAUCCUCUCCUCUCCCCAUCCUCUCCUCUCCCCAUCAGAUCCUCUCCCCAUCCUCUCCUCUCCCCAUCCUCUCCUCUCCCCAUCCUCUCCUCUCCCCAUCCGAUCCUCUCCCCAUCCUCUCCUCUCCCCAUCCGAUCCUCUCCCCAUCCGAUCCUCUCCCCCUCCCCUCCAGGCUGUAG